AUGGAUACCACAUCCUACGGUGACCACGAUUCAAGACCUUCCACCGUUCCGCCGACGACUCCUGCGGACAGGGAUCCUCUAUUCAUCAACCCUCGUCGUAAGUACAAACGGCGAGGUACUGGCUCCAUCUCCGACACGAAAAGCGAAGGCUCAGAAGAUGAGGCAGGUUCCUCCAUGUCAGAAUCAGAAGAACACGAGUUAGGGCUGUUGGACUCAGAUGUCGAUGUCGAUGAUGACGGAGAAAGCGGUUUGAACAAACAUGAAAGAGGCAAAUACAACAAAAGAAAGAGGCGGCGGCAGGGACUCGAUGCCAGAAUCGCGGGCACCACGGGUAUAUCCAAAGACGAGGCACGUGAGGCAGACAAGAAUGUCGUCCGCAACCUGGUCAUCAAUGGCGUCUUCAUUCUCCUGUGGUAUUUCUUCUCUCUGGCCAUAUCCAUUGUGAGUCUCUCUCGAAACAUCGGUGUCUGGAAGUGGCUGACCAGCGAGCAGUACAAUAAGAUGAUGUUCUCAUCCGACCAUCUCGAUUUCCACUUUCCGCUCUUCGCAACCUCGUUACACAUGGUUGUGCAAUUUAUCCUAGCCUCUUCUGUCCUUCUGAUAUUCCCUUCGCUACGGCCCUCUCAACCCCACUCGCCAGCAUUCGGGGACGACACACAACCCUCGAAACCACUGAUCACCCCUCUGUUCUAUAUCACCCGAUUGGUGCCCACGGGAACGACGACGUCUCUCGACAUCGGCCUAGGCAACACCUCUCUUCGCUUCAUCACCUUAACAUUCUACACCAUGUGUAAAUCCUCCGUCUUAAUCUUUGUCCUUGUGUUCGCGUUCCUCUUCCGCCUGGAAAAGCCGUCCCUCAAACUCAUCCUCAUUAUUCUCGCCAUGACCUUUGGCGUUCUCAUGAUGGUCGCCGGCGAAACAGCCUUUCAUGCUCUUGGCUUCGCGUUAGCCAUGUCGGCGUCCUUCUUUUCCGGCUUCCGGUGGGCUCUGACCCAGAUCCUACUCCUCCGUCAUCCUGCAACUUCUAAUCCAUUCGCCACGAUGUUUUUCAUCGCUCCUAUCAUGUUUGUCACGCUGUUCUUCAUCGCAUGCGUCUCUGAAACUCCAUCCGCAGUUAUCACGGGUAUCGUUCUCCUGGUUAGGGAACAUGGGAUCGUCAAAGCCCUACUUCUUCUGGUGGUUCCGGGAUGCAUCGCCUUCUGCAUGAUCGCGAGUGAGUUCACAUUACUCCAGCGCACCAGUGUCGUUACUCUCAGUAUAUGCGGCAUCUUCAAAGAGGUGGUCACCAUCAGCGCCGCAGGAAUUAUUUUCCAUGACGAGCUGUCGAUGGUUAACAUUACCGGGUUGAUCAUCACCAUUAUCAGCAUUGCCAGCUAUAACUACUUGAAGAUUGUCAAAAUGAGACAAGAGGCGAGGGAAAAGUUGAAGAAGAAGGACGAGCAGCUGUAUCGCGAGUUGGAUGACGAAGACGAAGAUGAGUUGGGCAAUACAGCAGCAACCGAUUUUGCUCAACUCGAUGACAACACGAGUGCAGCGCGCAACCCGACUACCAGUUCCGGCUCGGGUUCGAGAGCAGAACCUCCACCGAACAAUGUACCAAUCGCCUCGGCGAAGGGAAAGGAAAAUAUAGAAUAG